AUGUCCAGCACAACGCCGAGGCGGCGCCUCAUUGGCCUCUCGACCAAAAUGUACUUUUCUCUCCAGCAAACGAGAGACUUCACCAAUAGCUUCUUAUGCAAGCUGGCAGACGUCCCGGCAGAGCUCCUAUCCCGCAUAGACAUCUUCAUCGUCCCCGACUUCAUCUCCCUCACCACCACAGUCGCCCAGCUAAAGUCCAGCUCCGUCCCCAUCUGGACCGGCGCCCAAGACUGCCACUGGGAGGACCAAGGCGCAUUCACCGGUGAAGUCAGUCCCUCCGUGUUACGCAGCGCAGGCGCCAAGCUCGUGGAAGUCGGACAUGCCGAGCGGAGGCGCAUCUUUGGCGAGGACGAUACCAUGGUGGCGAAGAAGGCUGCGGCCGUGAGUCGCAAUGGCAUGAUACCGCUGGUGUGCAUUGGCGAAAGGACUCCAGGCGAUGUGCAUGUUGCGGUUGAUGAGUGCCGGGCGCAGGUGGAUGCUGUGAUGAGUGCUGUGCCCGACGAGGCGGAGGUCAUCUUGGCGUAUGAGCCUGUGUGGGCGAUCGGUGCCAGUCAACCUGCUGGAGAGAAGCACAUUCUCGAUGUUGUGGCUGGGAUCCGAGGGCUGGAGUGUGUCAAGAGAAGGACGGGGACGACGAGGGCUUUAUACGGGGGCAGUGCUGGGCCGGGACUCUACGAGAAGUUGAAGAGCGGAUUGGACGGAUUGUUUCUGGGACGGUUCGGACACGAUCCCGAUCAGUUUGUCAAGACGAUACAGGAAGUAGCUGGAGCGUGA